AUCAUCAGUAAACAAGUCAGUGUGAAAGCCCCUGGGCAACUGCUCCUGGGCUUCACUUACCACAUCCUGCGCAUCCCCCUGGCCUGCAGGGCUCCGUCUCCACCCAGCUGUCCACAUUCACCGGGCAGAAUCUGAGCGAUGCCUUCCAUCCUUGCUGUCCUUCUCAUCCUUGGGCUGGGUCUGAGCCAGAGGACCACCACCCAGAAGCAGAUGCUCUCGAAACCUGCCAUCUGGGUCAGACCCAGUUUCAUGAUCCCAAAGGGAAGACCAGCUGUCAUCGGGUGUCGGGGAGCUGGUGAGGCCGUGGAGUACCAACUGCACUUUGAGGGGGGCCUUUCUGCCUUGGAGAGACCGAAGUCACCCCCAGUGAUGAACUUGGUGAAGUUCCCCAUCCCGGCCAUGACUUCGCACACUGCAGGGCAAUACAGGUGCUCCUACCGAAGUGGGGAGCUCUGGUCAGAGCUCAGCGACCCUCUGGAGCUGGUGGUUACAGGACUGUAUGACACACCCACGCUCUCAGUUGAACCCAGGUCUGAGGUGACCUCAGGAGAGAAUGUGACCUUCCGUUGCCAGCUGGAGACAGCUACAAGCACGUUCUUCCUGCUCAAGGGGGGACGAUCCAGCCGCCCCCAGCUCAGAUACGGGAACCUGCGGGCAGAGUUCCACCUGGGCCCUGUGACCCCAGCACACAGAGGGACAUACAGAUGCUUCGGCUCCUACAACAACCACGCGUGGUCUUUCCCCAGCAAGCCUGUGAAGCUCCUGGUCAAAGGAGACGCCGGGGACACCACCUUCGAGCCCACUGAGCACACCUCUUCUGACUACUGGGACUCCUACGAGGUAACCACAGCGACCCAGUUGCAGAAAGACCAUUUCCUCUGGAAUCACACGGUCCAGAAUCUCAUCCGGCUUGGCCUGGCUGUCCUGGUCCUGAUGGCCCUCAUGGGGCUUCUGCUUGAAGACUGGCUUCACAGGAGGAAGUCUAGAGAGAGAACCCAUGGGGCUUCACGUCGGGGGUGCAGGAGACAGCUCUGAGCACAGAGAGCUCUGAAUUCAUGACCAAGAGGCCCAGAAGCCACAGGUGGAGCUGAAAGUGGCCCCGACCUUGGGCUGUGGGAGCUCCGUGUGGAACCCAUGGAGGAAGGGAGUCACUGCAGAGAACUAAGGGAGGACUGCGUGCAGCUGGGCGGAGGGAGAUGCAAGCGGCACGUUUCUCCUGAAGACCAAUCCCAUUGUCUCCUCCAGGUUCGAAGGACUCUUGUGCUUCCUUCCUGCAAGCCAAAUUUUCAACCACCCCCAUCUUUCCUGAAAACACCUUUAACAUCACGGCCAUGGGAAUAUUUCCUUCUUCCUUUUGUCUUUAUCCUUACUUCUUUUUAUAAAUGUAUUUAAUUUUAACUGGAAGAUAAUUGCUUUACAAUGUUGUGAUAGUCUCUGCCAUACAUCAGCAUGAAUCAGCCAUAGGUAUCCAUAUGUCCCCUCCUUUUUGAACCUCGAUCCCACCGCCCACUCCUCUAGGUAGUCACAGAGCCCCGUGUUGAGCUCCUUGCAUCAAACAGCAAAUUAUGACUGGGGGUCUCUUAUACACAUGGUAGUCAUGUUUCGAUGCUGCUCUCUUAACUUGUCCCACCCUCUCUUCCCCUGCUGUGUUCACAUGUCCAUUGUCUGUGUCUGUGUCUCUAUUCCUGCCCUGCAAAUAGGUUUGUCUGUACCAUUUUUUCUAGAUUCCAUAUGUAUAUGCUUUACUGCAUGAAAUUUGUCUCUUUCUGACUUAUUUCUCUGUAUAACAGGCUCUAGGUUCAUCCAUCUCACAAGAACUGACUCAGAUUCAUUCCUUUUUAUGGCUGAGUAGUAUUCCUUUGUAUAUAUGUACCACAACGUCACUAUCCAUUCAUCUGUCGACAGACAUCUAGGUUGCUUCCACAUCCUAGCUGUUUAUCCCUCUUUCUUCUUUGCUGUCUCUGCAGAUGUCAUUCAAAAUAUUUAACCACCAGUACAGAAAAGACAUUAAAGAGCUAGAGAAGCAACAAGCCAGUAGCCAAUUCCCACCCAUUGCUAUUGUAAAUGAACCAUGACAGGUGUGAUAAGAAAAGGAUACAUUUGGGGCAACAUCAACAGACUCCAGAGAGCCUUUGUCGUCCCAAACUGAAAAGUGUUUUUUAAUUUUUAAUUGAAAUAUUUUUGACAUAGAACUCUCUGUAGGUUUAGGGCGUGCAAUCUGUUGAUCUGAUACAUUAAUCUAUUGUGAAAGGAUUGCCAUUAUAGUGUUAGCUAACACCUCUCUCGCAUCACAUUAUCAACAUUUCUUUUUUGUGGCUGGAAUGAUUAAGAUAUGGUCUGUUAGCAAGUUUGAGGAUUAUCACGUGACACUGUGGUGUAUCAUUUCCACACUGAUCAUUAGGGCUCCAGGACUUAUUCAUCUACUGGUUUGUUCCAUUAAAUGCCAUCUCUCCGUUUCCUCCUCCCACCAGUCUUUAGGAACCACCAUUCUGCCCUCUGUCUCUACGGGCUUGGCUUUGUUUUUAGAUUCCACCUUUAAGGGAUAUCACACAGUAUUUGUCUUUCUCUGACUUAUUUCACUUAGCAUAAUGCUGUCAAGGUCCAUCCCUGUUGUCAAAAAUGGCAAGAUUCCCUUCUUUCUCAUGGCUGAAUUAUAUAUAUUUUUACCAUAUAUAAAUAUAAUAUAUCUUUAUGUUGGACCAUAAAGAAGGCUGAGCACUGAAGAACUGAUGCUGUCUAAUUGUGAUUUUGGAGAAGACGCUUGAAAAUCACUUGGAUGGCAAGGAGUUUAGGAUCAAACCAAUCAAUCCUAAAGGAAUUCAAUCCCAAAUAUUCAUUGGAAGGACUGAGGCUGAAGCUAAAGCUCCAAUACUUUGGCUGCCUGAUGCCAAGAGCCGACUCAUUGGAAAAGACCCUGAUGCUGGGAAAGAUUGAGGGCAAAAGGAGAAGGGGGCAGCAGAGAAUGAGACGGUUGGAUGGCAUCACUGACUCAGUGGACAUGAGUUUGAGCAAGCUCCAGGAGAUAGUGGAGGCAGAGGAGCCUGGUGUGCUACAGUCCGUGGGGUCACAGAUUCACACACGAUGUAGCAAAUGAACGAUCCCAAAGAAAUCUAUAUUUUUAAGGAGGCACAUUCAUAACUCCAGCCCAGGACCAGUCUAAUCCAUCUUCACUUCUCAAGGCGCCCACAUGCUUGGAGAUCCGUUCCUGCUGGUUGAUGCUGGUCUCAUGGAGAUGGGGAAAGGGGAUCUUCCUGACCCAGGGAUCGAACCUGCAUCUCCUGCGUCUCCUGCAUUGGCAGGCAGGUUCUUUAUCACCAUGCCACGUGGGAGAAGUCUCCAUGGACAUUGCCAAAUGUCACCCUGAGGACAAACUGAGGAACUACCCGGUUAAGAACCCCUGGCUUGGAAGGAUAUAAAUAGGGGUGAUGGAAGGAGGUGGCUGUGAUGGGGGAGGGGCCCCGUGAGAUCCGGUGGUCAGCUAGGUGAGAACGUGUUGACUGUGCUGAGAAGGACAGCCACGUGAAACGCUGGAACGCCUCCCGGAGCCUCACCCCCCAGGCAGAAACAACCACAGGCGCAGGGCUAGAGGCAGAGGAGUAGCAGGACACCCCGCGUGGCUGGGACAGAGCGAGUCAGGGGAAACCCAACUGAAAGGUGAGCCCAGGGGUCUUUAUUUUUUAUUCUGGCUGCACUGGGUCUUCACUGUGGCACAGGGGCUCCUUGCUGUGGCUCACAGGCAUCUUCAGUUGCAGAAUACAGGCUCUAGGGUGUGCAGGCUUAGUUGCCCUGUGGCAUGGGGAUCUCAGUCCCCCAAGCAAGGUCAAACCCACAUCCCCUGCAUUGGAACGCAGUUUCUUAACAUGCUUAACACCACCAGAGAAGGCCCCAGAAGUGACUUUUGAACCGCAGAUCUCUCUUUCGCCAUCACCUUGUGCAAAAUGAGUUAAAUAAUUAUAACUUCAGAGGAGGGGCUCACCUUCCCAAACCUGGAUCUCCUGGCUCAUACACACAGCUCUGGAAGAGAGCCCUGGCGAGGUGAACCCCAAAGUCAAGAGUUUGCCUUUACUUUGAGGCAUCAAGGGAUCCCCAUCUUCUCUCUGGGACUCACCAAGACUCAGUAGGAGGGUGAGAGGAGGAGACAUGAUUCUGGAACCAUUUGGCCCUCUGGCCCCAGCAGAGCUGAGCUACAAUGGGACUGAGGCUGAGGGGGAGGGGUCCGGGAGAGGAACCAGACACAGAGGGGGGGAGGCCCACCUAACACCACAAGGCUGAGGUUUUUAACACCUGCCAAAGGAGGAGUCACGCCCCCACCUAGAUCUCUACCCAACCGGGGCCCGUGGGAGGUGCGAUAUCCUGACGACAACGCUCGCUCUCCAUCUGCCGUGGGGUUUUCGGCCUCCGGGCGAUGACUGUUGUGGGACUGUGGUGUGAACUGUAGAAGGUUUCACAGCACCCUUGGUCUCUGCCCACUAGGAGUUCGCAGCAUAGCCAGUUGUGACCUCCCUCCAAAAUCCAGAGUAGUCAAAUCUGUAGAGACAAAGUAGAUGAAUGGGUAUGGGGUUUCCUUUCGGGGAGAUGUAGAUGUCAAGGCUAUGGCUUUUCCAGUAGUCAUGUAUGGAUGUGAGAGUUUGCCUAUAAAGAAAGCUGAGCACCAAAGAAUUGAUGCUUUUGAACUGUGGUGUUGAAGAAGUCUCUUGAGAGUCCCUUGGACUGCAAGGAGAUCCAACCAGUCCAUCCUAAAGGAAAUCAGUCCUGAAUAUUCACUGGAAGAACUUAUGCUGAAGCUAAAACUACAAUACUUUCACCACCUGAUGCAAAGAACUGACUCAUUUGAAAAGACCCUGAGGCUAGGAAAGAUUGAAGGCGGAAGGAGAAGUAGACAACAGAGGAUGAGAUGGCUGGAUGGCAUCCCUGACUCAAUGGACAUGAGUUUGAAUAAACCCUAGGAGCUGGUGGUGGACAGGGAGGCCUGGUAUGCUGCAGUCCAUGGGGUCACAAAGAGUUGGACAUGACUGAGCGACUGAAGUGAACUGAGACAUUCUGGAACUAGAUGGCGGUGAUGGUCAGAACAGUGAUGUGAGUACCCUUAAUGCCACUCAACUGUGUACUUUAUGACGAAAACGGUAAUGUUGAUGUGAUGUGUAUUGCCCCACAAUUUUUUAAGUUUCUGGACUUUGCCAGAUUGAGGGGCGGGGGCGGCAAAAUCAGGCUUCGUUGAGGACCACUGUCUUAUUCUAUAGCAAUGAAUGGCUAGACUGUAAGCCAAUCUCAAUUGAGAUUGUCUCUCAAUCUCAGCACUAUUGAAAUUCUCGGUGGGGUAGUUUUUUGUUGUGGCGGGGCUGUUCUGUGCAUGGUGAGAUGUCAAGCAGCUCCCCUGGUCUCUACCCACUGAAUGUCAGGAGCGCCCCCUUGUUGUAACAAACAAACAGAAAAUACCUGCAAACACUGCCCAGGUGUCCUUGGGUGGCAAAAUAUCUCCCCUAGUGAGAACCACUGAUCUUCAAUGUCCUAAACUCCAUAAGACUUUUUAAAAAUUUCUGCACAAAGUGAGCUCUAAGACAAGUCACAGGCUUUCCAAUUUGUAAGAACUUUGUUUUCAAAACUCAGUCUGCUUCUCAGAGGCCAUGCCAUAUAGGGGCAUUGAGUCCUCUUACUGUUUCCUUAUUUAUAGAUAGAUAAAAAUAACAAGAUAGCUGGGAGGGGCAUGAACUGCUGCAAAGUGUCCAUCAGAAUGUAUUUAAAAUACCCAGAAGAGGGUGUGACCCAGACAUAGUCCAUCACAACCUCCCUCGAUUGUAUCAUUUUUUAAAAAUGUAAAUCCUACCCAUGAGCUUUGUACUCAAGUAGAAGGCUGAAUUUUUAAUCACUCAGCUUUGCCUCAAAUAACCUGAGCAGUCCUGAUCCAUACUCAAUUCCUCCAUCAUCUAUUGCUUUGAAAUCCUUACCUAGCUGUGUCCCCCUAAACACUGGUAUCCAAAAGUCUUAUUCAAGUUACUACAGGGGCUUCCCUGGUGGCUCAGUGGUAAAGAAUGCACCUGCCAAUGCAGGAGAUGCAGGUUUGAUCCCUGGGUCAGGAAGAUUUCCUGGAGGAAGAAAUGGCAACCCACUCCAGAAUUCUUGCCUGGGACAUCCCAUGGACAGAGGAGCCUGGCAGGCUACAGUCCAUGGGGUCACAAAGAGUGGACAUGACUGAACACACAUGCACAGGGAAGAAAAACAGAAGGAACGCACAGAAUCAUCUAUGAACUUUGUAAUAUUUUUUCCUAGACUAAGUACGCCAGGAAUGACGUUUACUCUAAGUUAGCUGUUGGGUGUGUGAAUAAAUUCAGCAUCAAACAAAGUGCUUUGCCUUUUAUUAUCCUUGUGAGAGAGAACAUUUUAACAUCAAGUGGGUACGUGACUUGUGCAGAUAUUCCCAGAAACCAGAGAGUGAAAAACCAGUGUUCAGUCCUACAGUCUGAUCCAGUGAUUGACAUUUGACAUUCUGGCCUUCAUGAAUGAGAUGUCUUAG